AAUACAAAAACGUUAUGUAGAUGCAUUGAGUGAUCUUGAAAAAUAUUUAAAGUUUGGUGGUGAACUGAAUGCUUCAAUACUUAAAAACAGAGGGUUAGUAUAUCGUGGAUUGGCAAGGUCUAAAGAAGCUUUGGCAGACUUUUCUGCUGCAUUACAAAAAGAGAGAAAAGGCUCGGUCUUUAGGCAUCGAGCCUCUGUAUAUAAGACUUUGAGACAAUAUCAAGAAGCAUUAUACGAUCUAGAUCAAGCGAUAGAAAUUAAAAAAUCAGAUAAAGAAGCUAAUACUAUGCGUAAUCAAAUUUACACUCAACUUAAUAGAUUUGAUGAUGCAUUGAAAGGAUUAACAUUGUCAUUACAAGUAACUCCAAAUGAUGUUAAUGCACUUGCAGAUCGCGGUACAGUGUACUAUGCAAUGGGCGAAUCUAUUGAAGCUAUGACAGACAUUAAUAAGGCUCUAUCAAUAAAUUCAAAUCACGUACCUGCCUUAUUAACUCGUGCCAAAGUAUAUCGAUCACAAAAGGAAUAUAACUUAGCGUUAUGUGAUCUUAACAUAGCAAUUCAAACAGACUCCUCUAAACCACGAUUAUAUCGAAACAGAGGAAAAAUAUAUACGUUAAUGAAUGAUUAUACAAAUGCAUGUAAAGAUCUAGAUUGGUCACUAGGAAUGGAAAUGCAUUCUUCAGCAUUGCGUUAUCGAGGUCAAGCAUUGUCAAUGCUAGGUAAAUAUGAAGAAGCAAUUUUAGAUUUCGAUAAAGUAUUAGAAAUAAAACCUAAUUCUGCUGAUGCAUACCAUGAUCGCGGUGAAACUUUUUUCAAACUCGAGAAAUUUACGCACGCUCUUGAAGACUUAAAUAAAUCAUUGGAAUUUAAAGAAAAUGCCAAGUCAUUUGAAUUACGAGCUGCUAUACAUGAAAAACUUGAAAAUUACCAAGAGGCUUGCAUAGAUUUGAAUAGAGUUUUACAAUUAAUACCGAAUAACCUUGAGAUUUUAUUGAAACGUGCAGCUUUAUGUGAACGGUUGAAAAAGUACCAAGGGUGUUUAGAUGAUUGGACAUCUAUUCUGAAACUUAAACCAAAUGACAUUCAGGCACUUCAAACUAGAGGAAAGAUAUUGAUGAAAUUAUGUAGAUAUGAUGAUGCUAAAUUAGAUUUUGAUCAAAUAUUACAACUUGAUGCACAAAAUAUUGAAAUUAUAGCGUUGAAGGCCGAAAUUUUACAAGAACAGAAUAAAUAUGAUGAAGCAAUCAAGGAACUAACAGAUGCUAUAAAUAAAUUUGGAGAUAAAUGCCAUUUGCUUGCAAUACGUGGGGGUGUUUAUAUGAUGAAAAAAGAGUAUGACGAAUCUUUGCAAGAUUUGAAUGGUUCUUUGAAUAUUAAACAUAAUUCGUUGUCGGAUGAGUCGGAAAGUUUAGGUGAUCUGGUUGGCAUUUUAGACGAUAAUGGGGAAGAAAAAGAGGAGAUAGUUACCUCUUCCAAAUGUUAUACUCAACAGCAUGUUUUAGCAUUAUGUUAUCGUGGUUCUGUAUACAGAAAUAGAAAUGAUUAUGAUAGGGCAUUGAUAGAUUUGAAUACUGUUUUGACUAAUGAUCCGAAGAAUGCCUUUGCACUUUAUGAACGGAGUUCUAUUUAUAGAGAUACGAAACGAUUCGAUGAAGCUUGGAUGGAUAUUGAAAGAGCAUUGAAGGCAGAUAUUGAGGUGGACGUUUGA